AUGGUCCUCUUGGCUUCAGCUACGGCCAGCAAUGAUGAUGAGCGGCUGAACAUGUUCGUGCGCCGCUUCGAGCCCGUGUACUACGACCCAGAGCUGGUGCACCGCAACCACGUGCGGGCAAAACGUUCCAUCGAAGACGGCGGGAGUGGCCACGUGCACGUGCAGAUACGCAGCACUAAACGGUUGCUCAACUUGCAUCUUUCUGCCGACGCGUCCGUGUUCCACGAGGAUCUCAUUGUCGAAUCGUCUACGGAAGGAAUUGUCACCGUCGAUACCAGCCAUAUCUACAAGGGACACAUUAUCGGCCAACCACGCAGCCGGGUUUUCGGCUCUCUGCACCGUGGUGUGUUCGAAGGCAGCAUCGACACCGGCUCGGGCGACAGCCUUUACGUGGAGCGGGCCAGGAAGUUUUUCAACGACACCCGCCCUUACCACUCGGUGCUCUACUCGAGCGCUGACGUCGAGAUCCCCACGGUGGCUGAAGGAGGCAGCGGCCGCUGGUGCGGGUUGCACGGCAGCACCGAGCACUGGAUGAAGGAUAUGCUACGCAGAUACCGUCGCGCUUCGCCUCCUGAGCCUCACCUCGCUCAUGGUCGCGUGGGCCGAAAAUUGCACGCCGUUACCAAAGCAAGUUACAACGACGAAAGUGACACAAACGACGCUGACAAAAUUGGAAUAAGUCAGGCUGAUGACGGCGACGACGAAAGGCGAGAAAACACCACUGCGAAAGACGGCGAGCGAGUCGUCGGAGAACGACGCGACGCCACCGAUAAGACGGAGCGGGAAAACCUGGACGAUUCCGAAGACGAGGUAGACACGCUGAAGGCUCCGAGACCCAAGGGGAGGAGACCCAGCCGACGGCGGGCAGACUCACGGUCGCGUCGCGUAUGCAACUUGGAAAUCAUCGUCGACAACACGCUCGCCGAGAGCGUCUUGGAGGAGACCUCAACGCUGGCACCGGCGCGGGAGAUCAUCGCGUCCAUCAUCGCCCACAUCGUGGACAAGGUGAACGCCAUCUACGGCGACACAAACUUUGGCGGCAUCGAAGACAUCAACUUCGUCGUGCAACACAUCAUGAUUGCUGAGCCCGGCGACUGUGUGGGCUACAAGGCCAAGCAGGACCCGCUGUGCAGCACGUCCCUGGACGCGCCGCACCUGCUGUACCUUUCGUCACUGACCCGACACGAUGACUACUGCCUCUCGUACAGGCUCAACUACCGGGACUUCGCGGACGGCACGCUGGGGCUUGCGUGGAUUGCCAGCGACGAAAUUGCCUCUGGCGGCAUCUGUGAGCGGUUCCGGACUUCCGUGGAGCUGGACCCCGGCAGUGGCCAAUACAAGCAGGCCAAGUUGAGCCUUAACACUGGCAUCACCACGCUCAUCAACCACAAGCAGUACGUGGGGCUACCCAUAGGGGCACUCACACUCGCGCACGAGAUUGGCCACAGCUUCGGAUCGCCCCCACGAUGUGCCACUCCGUACCUCUGCCACCAUUGCCGACCUCCUUUGCCUUCACAGCACGACAAAGGGAGUAUCUGCGAACCCGAGGGCGCCGCGGGCAAGUUCCUGAUGUACGAGUCGGCGACCAAGGGGGACAGGCCGAACAACGGCCGCUUCUCGCCCUGCAGCAUCGGCAACAUCAGCGCGAUCCUAGUGCCAGUCUUCAAGGGACAGAGCACGCGCGAGAACUGCUUCCAGAGGCACAGCGGUCCCGUGUGCGGAAACCGGAUCGUGGAGGGCAACGAGGAGUGCGACUGCGGUCUCAACGAGGCCGAGUGCACGGACAAGUGCUGCUACCCGCGUCACGCGCAGAACAAGUCGCUCUCCUGCCGCCUCAAGCCGUUUGCGCAGUGCAGCAGGGCCGAGUGUCCUAAGGCGCCAGCCAAGCCCAACAUGACGGCGUGCAACAAGAACACGCAGGUGUGCCUCUCAGGACAGUGCAUGGGCUCCAUAUGCCAGAAGUACGGACUUGAGGAGUGCUUCCGCAGCGCCAAGGGGCUGAGCUUCGACGAGCAGUGCCUCCUCACCUGUCAGGCACGGGAUGUGCUGCGCCUCAUCGCGUAA